AUGGCCUCCACCCAAGUUCUUCAUUACUUUGUUUAUAUAAUAAUUUCAGUUUGUACUCACGAAUGUCUUGCGCAAAAUGGAACGUUUCCACCUGACGUUACAGUACAAGCUUUCAAGCCUAAAGGAUUUAGAAUUCAUAUGCCAGGCGAUCCAAAGAUAAUAUUUAUUAGAAUGAUGGCGAAUAUUUAUGAAACAAAUUCAUCUUCAACCGCUUUUAGACAAUUUCGACAAUUUGUAUUCCAAGAAACAAACGGAUAUUGGAUUUACGAAGAACCGGAUAUACAAUUAAAAAUUGGAAAUCUAAUUAAUUAUGAGAUAUUUUUUGGAACCAAUAAUGCUCAUAUCGGUGACAAUCUUAGUACUGAUGACAUGAAGCAGUUUUCUUGUAGCGGUUAUGAAAAAACUAAGACUUUCAUUGUUGAAGAAUUAUUUGAUCGCAAAGAAAUAUCAAUAAAGAAAGAGAAAAAGUGUACCACAGACGUUUUGUUAACUGAAAUGCCGAAUAGGAAGUUGUGUUCUGACGAUAUUUUAUUGGAGGAACACUUUGACGAUCUGCUUGAUCCCAAAUUAUGGGAAGUGCAACAUUAUAUACCUCUUGACCAUCCAGAACAUCCCUUUGUAUCGUAUCAGAAUAUUGACAGCGGCACUGUUUUCGUUGCUGGCGGCAACCUCUACAUCCAGCCAAUUGUUUUAACCGAGUUAUACGACUUCACCGAAGAGUCCCUGUAUAAAGGAUCAUUAGACCUCAAUAGUGGAUGCACGGGUCGCGUAUGCUCAAUGCAAGCGAUGGGUCCAGUGAUUUUGCCUCCCAUCGCCAGCGGACGAGUUAAAUCCCUUAUAGCUUUCAAAUAUGGCACUGUACAUAUUAAGGCUAAAAUGCCAAUUGGAGAUUGGAUAUAUCCAGAGAUCGUCUUAGAACCACUAUGGAACAAAUACGGGAGCAUGUAUUAUUCAUCGGGAAUCAUCAAAAUAGCCAUGGCUAGGGGAAAUAAGAAUAUGAACAACUCCGACUACAGCAGUGAGGUCCUGCAGAGCAGACCCAUUCUUAACUCUUUCUGUAAAGGUGUUUUCGAUUUUUAUAAGAAUCGAAGGACAGACGGUGGCUCUUGGGGUGAUGACUUCCAUGUUUAUUCCCUUACUUGGACCCCAGGGCUCAUUCAGAUGGCAGUUGAUAACAAAGCAUGGGUAACAUUUCGACCUGGUGCGGCUGGUCUAAGGUCUUGGCUUCCUAAGUCAUGCAGGCGCGAGUGGUACACCCUGCUAUCCGGUCCUAAGAUAGCACCGUUUAAUGAACUGUUUUCUCUAAGCCUUGGCGUAGCUGUCGGCGGAACUUACGAGUUUCCCGACGACGUCGUCACUGAUUAUGGAAAACCAUGGAGAAACAGUGACCCAAAGGCCGCUCGCGACUUCUGGGGUGCCCGUAUGAACUGGCUCCCAACUUGGACACAACCAACUCUGAUUGUGGACUAUGUUAAAAUUGUAGCAAUCUAA